AUGAAGUUCAAUCUUUUUGUGACUUCUGACCGGAGCAAGAACCGUAAGAGGCAUUUCAAUGCACCUUUCCACAUUCGGAGGGAGAUUAUGUCUUCCCCUCUUUCCAAAGAGCUGAGACACAAGUACAAUGUGCAAUCCAUGCCCAUCCGGAAGGACGAUGAGGUUCAGGUUGUGAGAGGACACUAUAAAGGUCAGCAAAUUGGCAAAGUAGUCCAAGUUUACAUGAAGAAAUAUGUUAUCUACAUUGAACGAGUCCAGCAGGAUAAGGCAAAAGGCACAACUGUCCAUGUGUGCAUUCACCCCAGUAAGGUGGUUAUCACUAGACUAAAACUGGACAAAGAUCGCAAAAAGAUCCUUGAACGCAAAGCCAAGUCUGUCUCGCCAAGUAGGAAAGGAGAAGGGCAAAUAUAA